AUGUCUCACGAACGCCGACGAUGUCUGGAGGCGGCAGAGGCGGCGGAAGUGCAGGUCGCAGCGCCGUUCUUGGUCGCGGACAGCGGCGAUGACUCACGGACGGCGGCGAUGUGCGGAGGCGGCAGAGGCGGUGGAGGCGCAGGUCGCGGCGCUGUUCUUGGUCACGGACGGCGGCGAUUGUCGGAGGCGCAGGUCGCGGCGCCGUUCUUGGUCGCGGACAGCGGCGAUGUCUCACGGCUCACAUACUUCCUUCUGAGGGCCGCGACGGGGAUACGACGCCGUCCUUCUGCGGACGGCGGCGAUGUCCUAUCGCAAGGGAAACGACGCCUUCCUUCUGCGGGCCGCGACGUACGAAGCACGACGCCUUCCUUUUCACCUUCCUUCCUCGUACGCGCAAGGGAUACGACGCCUUGUCUAUAG